GGGUGGGUAUCAGCAUUUCUGUGACACCCCUGACUGCAGACGGAUUUCUCUACAGAAAUACAGAGCAGACCCCGAACACACCAAGGCAGGGCCUCGCCCUUGCCAGCUCUUUUCAGAGAACAGAAGGAAAUGCUCCAGGCUCAGGACAUCACGCCAUUACACAGCAUGGAGUUGCUACAGGAACCCCUGACAUUUCACGAUGUGGCCGUGGACUUCACCUGGGAGGAGUGGCAGCUCCUGGACCCCGAGCAGAAGGACCUGUACAUGGAUGUGAUGUUGGAGACCUACAGCCACCUGGUGUCACUGGGUCGCAAGGCCAGCAAACCUGACAUACUUUCCAAGUUGGAUCACAGGGAAGCACCAUGGACAAUGGCAGGUGAACUCCUCUGUGGGACCCGUUCAGAUAUCUGGAAACUUGAUGACCAUCUGCCAGAGCACGUACAAAAUGAAAGCAUGGAGAAUAGCCUAGAACAAUGUCACAAAAAUAAGUUAUUUGAAAAUUGUGACUAUGAAAUCAAGGAGCCUGGUGAACUUCCUGAAGAUGGGAAAUCUUUUUCCCACGUUAACAGUAAACAGUUUCAGACUGAAAUGAAAUUCCUGGAAAAACAAAAACUCGUCAACACUAAGUCCCAACUCAUUAAUUAUAAGAAACCUCAUAAAAGAGAGAAGGUUCACGUAUGCAGUGAAUGUGGGAAAGCCUUCACGAGGAAGUCUUUGCUCAGUGAUCACCAGAAUCUUCAUACAGGGGAGAAGCCUCAUCAAUGUAGUCUGUGUGGGAAAAGCUUCUCCAGAAAGGUCACACUGAACGAACACCGGAGAUCGCAUACAGGAAAGAAACCUCAUGCAUGUACAGAGUGUGGCAAAGGCUUUCUCAAGAAGUCACAGCUCAACAUACAUUACAAAAUACAUACAGGAGAGAAACCCUUUGUAUGCAGUGACUGUGGGAAACGCUUUAUCCAGAAGGGCAACCUCAUGGUACAUGUACGAACUCAUACAGGUGAGAAACCUUAUAUAUGCCACGAAUGUGGAAAAGGCUUCAGCCAGAAGACAUCUCUCACGACACAUCAGAGAUUUCACACGGGAAAGACACCCUUUGUGUGCAGUGAAUGUGGAAAGUCCUAUUCCCAGAAGACAGAUCUCAUUAAACAUGAAAGAAUUCACACAGGAGAAAAACCCUUUGAAUGUAGUAACUGUGGGAAAACCUUUAUCAGGAAGCCACAGCUCACUGUACAUCAGAGAAUUCAUACAGGGGAGAGACCCUAUGGUUGUAAUGAAUGUGGGAAAACUUUCAGAGCAAAACCAGCCCUCAAAGAACAUCAGAAAAUUCAUUCAGUCAAGGUGGAACAUCCUCGCUCAGAGAGUCCCAGCUCAUCACAGACCAGUGUCGUCCUGCAGGAGAAAAACCUUGUUAAUACGGUGACUCUGCAGGUGCCUUUUGUGGUCCCUCAGACAGUAUUGAACAUCAGUAGGCCUCUAGAAAACAGAAAUGUAGUCAUCGUGGGCCAGCCUGUGGCCAGAGGUGCACCCUCAGGUGGAUUUGCACAGGACAGAAACCUUAUGAAUACAGUGAGUGUGGUCUCGCCUUCAGUGAGCAAUUAUGUUUUAUUUUAUGUCACAGGAAACCAAUAAGAUAAAAUCCAGAGAUAUUCUGUGUGCAACGAUUUGAUCAAAAAUUUCUAGCUCAGCCCUACCCUGUUUGGCUCAUUGGGUAGGGCAUCAGCCAGCAGACUGAAGGGUCCUGGAUUCAAUUCCAGUCAAGGGCUUGAUCCUCAGUAGGGGGCUUACAGGAGACAGCCAAUCAGUGAUUCUCUCUCAUCAUUGAUGUUUCUAUCUCUCCCUCUCCCUUCCUCUCUGAAAUCAAAAAAUAAAUAAAUAAAUAGCCCUAUCCGGUUUGGCUCAGUGAGUAGAGCGUCAGCCUGCGGACUGAAGGGUCACAGAUUCGAUUCCAGCCAAGGGCACAUGCCUGGGUUGUGGGCUCCAUCCUCAGUGUGGGGCGUGCAGAAGGCAGCCGAUCAAUGAUUCUCUUUCAUCAUUGAUGUUUCUCCCUUGCCCUUCUUCUCCAAAAUCAAUAAAGAUAUAUAUGUGACAUUUCUAUCUCA